AUGAAAAAGCACCAGCACCCACAAGUGGACUGGCAGGCAAAGCUUGGAAAGCCUACUGGACCCCCGAAAAACUCUUCCUUUAUCCCCACCACUCUCUCAACCCGAAACGCCAGCAGAAUCGGGCCAGAUACCUCUCAAUGGGAUCACUCUAUUUCAACAGAACGAAGGACCCGAAGACGAACUGAAAACUCUCAGACUUGUAAAUUACAGCACAUCAUCAAAAAAGCCGGGAUACGCGAUGGAAACCGUGUUUUAGAAAUCGGAUCUGGAUGGGGUUCUAUGGCUAUGACUAUCGUCCAGCAAUACCCAAAUGUGAUGGUGGACACCCUGAUAUGCUCUGUGCAACAACAGUCGCUAGCGCAGGACCGUAUAUGA